UUGAGAGAGAGUCGAGAACAUUGAGGAAAAACCUAAUAUUUUAAUUCCAUAUAUAAAAACAUAAAUCCUAUGUAGAUUGGCAAAAUACAUUUCACCACGACCUUCAUAUACGACCUUUACUUUCUUGACAGUAGUUCUUUUAAUGAAAAAAACGUUUUCAUUGCGUUUUCAAAAACCCUUUAAACAAGUUAUUGCGAUACCUAUGAAUAUUAAAAUAAAAAACUAUUAACUUGCUGCUUUCGGGAAAGUGUAAAGUCCUUUGAAAAUAAUUUUAUUAACAUUAACUCAGACGGUGACGACUGUAACAGCAGCAUUCAGCAGAAAAAAUAAAAGCUGUUUUUGAGAAAAUAUCUCAAAUUGAAGCAACCAUGUCUUAGUUGGGUAUGCGAGAUUUAGUAAAAAGUUUGCUAAACCCAAUGAAAUGGAUAUGAAAAAAAUUCCAAAAUCACGAAUGGAAGAUUUUGAGCGUCGUCAACAGAGGGAACGUGAAAAACAUAAACGUCAGCAAGUGCAAAGUGUCGGCCGAGAGCAUGCCCUCUUUCCAGAACCGCGUAGAGUGAACCCCUCCGAGGUAGAUGACGAUAUCACCGCCAAACUGGGCGAUCAUUCUAAAGCCAUUGAGUUUAUGACUACGGAAGGAGUUGGUGUACAACCAUCCUCCAACAAUGCCUUGCUGGUUAGUCAUUUACAAUCAAGUGCCUCGUCCUCAGCUGGCGGCAAUAAUAUCGGUAACGUCUCUAUGUCCACCAAUUUAUUGUCUUCGCAUCGUUCGUUGGCUGGUUCACAGACUCUUCAGCAGACAACGCAACAAACUCAUCAUUACCAACAACCAUUGCGUCAACAACCGUAUCUGAAGCAGCAUGAUAACAAGCUACCAUAUAACGGGCGGGGAAGUUAUUCGGUUCAGUCGGCUAAAAAUGAUUUACGACCUAGCAGUGGAAUGGCACCACCAAAAGGUCCUCCACCUUUGUUACCACCACCAUCUGGAACUAUAGGCGGCAACACUGGAAACAACAGCAGUUUAAAUUCAACAUCUUUGCUACCACCACCAUCGAAUGGGUAUUUGGGACCUCCCAAAUCAACAGCACCUCUACACAAUGGACGGUUUCCUAAGCCAUUGCCGAAGUCAAUAAAUGAUAUAAUCUCCAAAGUGGAUCAAACUUAUCGCGCUCCUGAGCAAAUUACUAAAAUAGCCGCAACGCCCCGUACAAGUAUCGCUGAUUACAAUCUGAAUGGGCCUAAUCGCCACAAAUAUUCAGUUGGGCCGGUACAACCUAUUUUGGGUUCGCCACCUUCCGGAGCGGAAUUAUUACAGAGUGCGGUUCCAAUGCCCAUAACACCAAUCUCAGCUCUACCCGCAACCCCUAAUCCUCAGAUCACAUCAAGCACUUGUGGGAUAACAACUAUUAGUAGCGGUAUGCCAGCAAUAAUGUCUGGUGCUAUCCCAUCGGCUGCUAUUGGUACUGCAGUGUUAAGUUCGCCGCUUGUGACUACAGCCGUUAGACAAGGAUUGUUAUUGUCUAAGGAGUCCUUAAAACCACUAAUGGAUCAAGUUGGACCAACUUUAGAAAAACAGAACUCCACGUUGGAAAACGAUUUGGAGCUUUCAGAAUCAGAUGAUGAUCGUCGAAAACAGAGUCGUUCAGUUCAUAAUUCCAGUGAUAGUUCACCCUCAGAUUCUAGUGAGUCGGGUAGUGAAGAAUCUUCAAAGAGUGAAAACCAUCGAUCUUCACUUGCGUCGCUUCAGCAACAAUCCUCAGCCCACAAUCCAAAAUCACUUACGCAAAAUUCACUUCAGCAACAGCAACAACAGCAGCCACAACAAACGGCUCCAUCAGCUGGACGUACAGUUGCAAAUAAACUCAUAAAUGAUAAGUCAAAGAUUAUUGAACCUCUUGGUGGUAGCCGUUCAAAUAUUUAUCUAAACAGUAAUGCUCUGGGUUCGGCGGGUUCUUCCAGUUCAGGGCCGAGUUCUACGUCUUCGUCAUCCAAUAAAACCCCUUCUCCGUCAGAUUCGAGUAAAUGGAAUUUAAGUCGAUAUUUUAAUAAAAAGCCUGCCUUAGCACAAAAUGCCACUCCACCACCAGCAAAUUCGCUGGUUGUAAAUUCAAUUAAUGUGAGCAUGGAUGAACCGACUCUUUUACCAGGUGGGGCUCAAAUAAUACCUGAAGCUACACAACCCCAACCUAAUCCCACGAUCGUGAAGCACGAAAAUACCAACUAUGGAGUAGCGAAAAAGUUCUCCGCACGCAGUGACGAUGAUGAUGAAGAGAGUACUGGUCUUCGUAAUUGCGAUACACGUAGCGUGAUGUCCAAUUCAAGUGGAGCUAAAACACAUAUUAGUGGAGGUGUGCCUGCGUUUAUAAAUGAAAUAAAAAAAGAAGCUGAUGUGCUUUAUCCAAGCUCAUUGAAAGCUACUUCCUCUGGUACAACACAGGCACAUGUUCAUGUCUCAUCCCAGCAACAACAAACGCAGGUACCUCUGUUAAAUGCUGCAGAAUUUGUUGCGAUACCAACGAGCCAAAUAAAACAUGAAGUUCCUGGUUUAACAGCAGUAGCAACAUCAACUGUUGCCCCAAUGUCUUUGGCGGGUGGUACUACCACUGUCACUCCUUACAACACUUCUACCAUUAGCGGGAAUGGACAUAGGCGCACUCCUUCCGCAUCACCACAUAUGCGUAACAGUGUUUCGGCGGGCUCGGUGAAGAGGCGUGUUGGCCAGUUAUCAGCGCCAUCCAGUGAUGGACCUACAUCGAACAGUAGUGAUGAUGAAGAUGCCCUGACAACAUCUACAAGGUCUACUGUACCAACAUUGGGUCCAGGUGGCACGUUAAAAAUACCUGGUGUACCAGCAGCUAUUACAGCAUUACCACCUUCAACGUCACAGCCAUUGGCAUCAGCGCCCACAGUUCCAAACUCAAUAACGGUCUUACCCAUCAAUCCUCUAACAAAGACAGCACCUUUACGUAAGCGAAAGAAACCUCGGAAUUCGGCAACCAGCAUUACAACGCAAUUGGACUCUAGUGACGAAGAAGAUAUGACAUCAGAUUUUAAAAGUGGUGGUGUGACAGUAAGCCCAUCUGAGCUGAGAGCAGUAACUGGCCCAGGAGGAAAACUGUACUCGGAACCAACGCCGGUAGUGCCUGCAAAGAAAGGACCAGGCCGGCCACGGAAAACUGCUGGCAGUGGAAGUGGAAAGAAAACCAAUGCAACUCCGAUUGCUAUCGCUUCAAAAGGUCCCAAAUUAACAGCUAGCAAAGAUGUUAAUAGUGGUGCUUUGGUUGCUAAAAAGGCCACAACAAAAAGAAGAGCCUCUCGUCAAAAUUCAAAUUCGACUGGUAUCAUCCCGAUAAAAUUACAUUCUCAGACUACACAACCGGCGGCACUAACAAGCGUUCCAAUCAUUGAUACAUCUUCGUCCGGUUCAACAUCGUAUUCAACAUCGAAAUCCUCUAGUUCGUCUUCUUCGGAAACAGAAUGUGAAGAUGGGGUUAUAAGCGGUUCAUCAUCCGGUGAUGAUAAUAAAAAUAAAGUCGCAGGUGCUACAAAAACAAAACGCAAUAUAUCGGCGCGGCCAACAGCAGCAGCAGUAACCCCAGCGUCAACAUGUUCAGUCGCAGCAAACGUAUUGCCCGCUUCUACUAGUCGCAUUAUAGUUCAAUUGAAUAGACGUAAAUCUUCACAUGAUGAUGUCCCGCCAAUAGCAAUAUCGUCAGUAAGCACCGGUGGUUCGGCCAAGAUGGCAAAUAGUGGUAAGCGAAAGAGGUCAACGUCACAUUUCACUCAGGCCGAUGAGGAGGCUGAUAGUGAUGAUGAAUCAUCAGAUUCCGGAUCUGGUUCGUACGGCAGUUCGGUCAGGAAUUAUAACGCAGGUGCAACGGCAGGUAAUUCCGUAACACAUGGUGGCAAUACCAGUGGUGGCAGUUCACAUCGCUCUCAGAAUAUGCAAUCGCCAUAUAAAGUGCCCAUUUCAGCGGCUCCUGUGUCUAGUUCGACUUCUAGUUCAAGUAGUGUGUCAUCGUCAUCAUCGAGUAGCAGCAGUGGGGAUGAACAUUUUGAUACAGAACCUGGUGCAUCCGUUAGUAAUCGAGGCAAAAGUAAGCACAGUAAGACUGGUACGAAAGUUACUACUAAUAUCAGCAGCAGUUCCAAUAGUUCGAGACUGCGCCGUGACAAGCCCAAAGCAAGCGAUAAGAAUAAGAAUGUUACGCUUACGCGUAUUUUUAAUCCAGAAGGCGGUGCCAAAAAGCAAGGUCAGGUGCUGGUCAUCGACGAGCAGCAGCAACAAAAGUUGAUAUCUCCCAAUGCCUCUGGAUAUAGAACUACAGUGUCCGCCAGCUUAACGUUAUCUAAUAGCCAAGAGAAUCUCGUUGCAACCGCCACAGUUGCUAAUUCACAAUCACCUAGGCUAACUCCCGGUCAUAUAAAAUCACCACGUGCUUUGCCUCAACUGGCAGCAGUUGGGUCGCACCGCACACCGGAUCGCAGUAGUCGAAAUAGUGCUGAACGGAAAGUGCAACAGCAACGCAUUAGAACGCCGUCUUGUACACCUACUCGCACUCCACCUUCAACCCGCACGCCAACACCUACACCGGCAUCAUUACUGUCAGCCCCAACGGCAUCACCUAUGAGAACAACAGCAACGUUGUUGCCUAAUUUCCCAUCCCUUUUAUGUAAAGUUGAUUUAUCUCGACUUAAACGCAUUUUACCAGAGUGGCGUACAAAUACUUAUCGGCUUUCUAAUACUACCAUAUCCCGUUGUGCCCAACACGAAGCAAUAUUAAAUGCUGAUUUGCAAGCAACAUCGACCAUAACUGGUAGCGGAAGUGGCAACAGAACACCUACAACUCCAAACUGUCCGACGGAGCGGGAACUAUCGCAUUCCAGGGAAAGUUUGGUUGGUAUUGGUGUUAGUGGAAGCAAACAAAGACUGAACACAAUGCAUUCAAAUGGCCGCCUGAGCAAUCUUUCCACAGAUGGUGGUGGUAGCGGUGGUACAACCCCCAAACCACAGCCUCAACUUACACCAAAUGGUUACAACUUAAUUACGAAUGCAUCAAAUAGUUCACCCUCUACUAAGCAGCUAUUAAAACAUGAGCAAUUAAUCAAAAAUGAACCAGGCUCUGAAUUAGAGAGUGUAUCCAUCGCGCCACAACCUAAAGCUGACGUUUACUGCAGCGAAACUAAGUUUAAAACAAGCGGCUCAGUGAAACAAGAGCUUCUACUACUUAAGCAGGACUGUAAGCCUGGUUUAACUCCACAAAUCGCUUUUGUAUCCGCUGAUAAGGAAGACGAUCGGCCUGAUGGGUCACCAACCUCACAGCAAAUGCGCGUAAACGAUAUAACUGAGCCAAAAUCGCAACGGCGCAAACGUAGCGCCAGCUCGAGUCCAUACAAAGACAAAAAGCGGAAAAAGGAUAAAAUGGACAAAUAUUCCAAAGAUGGUAAAGAUAUGAAGGAGGGGAAGGAAAGUGAUGCCGGUAGUGGUCCAUUAUUAACAAUACAAGAUAAAGAAAAGGACGUUGGGAAAUCGAUAACUGCUUUGGGAGCUAUUGAACGUGAAAUAGGAAGUAACGCUAUUAGCAGUGGUCAUGCUGGUGUAAAUGACACAUGUAGACGUGCGAUUGCUAUAAUUCCUCCACUUGGAAUGAACAACAAUGGGCAAAUGGAGAAUGAUCAUCAAAUGGAAAAUCGGCAGUUAGCUCCUACCAACCACGAUCGAUUACUGGCGGUGCGACAAAUGCAGCAACAACAGCAUCUCACUAAUGUUACGGCUUCGAAUGGCUCACAAAAUCUAGCGAACACCCAAACAGCAAGUAAUAAUUUAAAUACAGUAACGACUGCAGAUAUUGGUGCUAGUAAUAUACUAGUGCCACCUGAAAAUCUAAACGCUCCAUUAGCACCACCACCGCAAGCAAUAUACCGAUCAUAUUUUGAACGCGAUGAUGAUGGACUCUGUGAUGAUAUUGGGAAAAAUUCGAAAUUCCUACAGGAAGCAGUCAAGAGAAAGCACGCGGCCGAUAGGGAACAAAAUCUAUUCAACCAAGUAACUCUGUAUUUGGAGGCUGUUAUAUAUUUUAUUCUAUCUGGAGCGGUACUAGAACUGCAUCGUAAUUCGGAGGACGCCAGUUGGGUUAUGUACAAGGAUACACUAAAUUUAAUUAAGUUUAUUUCAUCGAAGAUUAAGCAUUUGCAAGUUUCAUCUACAUCUAAUGAACUCCAUGAACCGCACAACAAAGUUGCUAUCUUAAGUUUACGUUGCCAAUCUCUAAUCUCGUUAAAACUAUAUAAAUUGAAACGAAACUAUUGUCGGAAUAUCAUCAACCACUGCGCAGAUUUUUUAAAAAGUGGUCGGGUGGAGCAUCUUAAUGGUAAUACACCUUCAUCUAACUCGCCAUCGAACUCAGUUUGUUCACAGGGCUCUGGUUCGAAUACACCUCCCGGACGGGGUAUGCGGCAAGAUAUUCAGAUCACAUUAAAUCACCAAAAUUUGUACUUCAAUUAUUUGGCUAAUUGUCACGAUUUAUGGGAUCAAGCGGAUCGACUUGUACGGCAAGGAAACCAUACUGACUUCUUUAUAGCAUUGGAUCGUGAAAAUGGACCUCUUACGCUACACACCUCCAUGUAUGAUUUGUUUCGUUAUAUACAAUCGGGUCUUAAGAAGCUGAAAAGUGCGAAUACCACCACCACGACUUCUGCGUCUACUACAACUAAUACCAGUGGAUGCAGCGAUAGUGUGACUAUAACCGACAAUGCCUCAGUGGCUUAUGUUAAUACUACUACCACACUUAGUAACACCACACCCACCAUCAACAAAAGCGCCAGCGCCAUAAGUUCGGUAACAUUGCAACCGCAGUAGUAAUGAAAUUGGUGGUAUACGCCUUUAUAGAUUUACUUGGGUAUAUGUGCUAUUAUUUUUCCCAUUAAACAUCCAAGAAACUUCUUAAUCGCCACGGAAAAAGAACGUAGUUGCAUUUCUUAUUCUCUAACUUAGAAUUUAGGCAUUAAAAAGGCUUUCGUGCUAUAUAUAUACAUAUGUAUGUAUAUAUGUAGAUUUGGACGAGUGAGUGGCAGGCACAUCCUUGCUUGUUGGUCAUGAAGUUCAUUAGCAAAACAAAGUGUUACAGUUUAUAAUAAUAUUGUUUUUAUUAUUACAUUAUUAUUGCUAUAUACAAUUAACCCAAAAAAAUUUAUCAUUAAUAACGCUUAAUUUAAAAAGAAGAAAAAAUACCUGUUUUUCCUAUUUACAUGUAAAGAACUUUUAACAUCAUAAUUCUUAGAUUUUUUAAAGUUCUUCAUUUUGCAAAGGUGUAUAUAUAGAGGAAAUUAAUAAAAAAUAUUAAAGAUAUCACACGUUUUGUAAAUAUUUAGCUUGCAAUGAAGCAAAUGUUAUUACAAUCAUUACUUUAUUUCUAUUUUAAUUAUUUUAAUUUAUUUAUACAAGGGGAUACAAACCACGGUUAGAAAUUUGGCGGAAAUUAUAAUUGUUUAUUUUAUUGCAUGAAAUUGUACUCAAAUACAAGUUUUGAGGAUUUUUUGAAUUUCUCAUAUUACAAUAAGAAAUAUAUAUAGUUCAAUGAUAUAUAUUUUUCACAUCACACACUUACAUAUAUGUCUUGUUUAUAGUUACAACCCUCGGGUAACAUGAUUUUGGAUUUAAAAUUAUUAACUUUUAAAAAAUGGUUGCUGGUCCUUGGGUCGCAUGUGAUAAAUAAAAGAACACAUUUAUUUAAAGAAUAUGUUUACAAACAGACUAAAAAUAACUUUACAAAAUCGAUAAUUAUUGAUUUAAUAAUUUUUGCCAAACUAUAGUUAAUCUUAUUUUAUUAUAAGAGAAUAUAUUUUGUUUAUUUUGCUAUCUUUCGAAACACCAUAUUUUUAAAUGACAUGUACGCACGAUUAAAAAUAUAAGAUGACGAUUAGUAAAAAUAAAUUUAAGUAUGUUACCAACGUGCCUAUGCGGUCCAGCAAUCGAAAUAUUUAUUUAGAUUGGAGAAAUAUAGAAAUAUAUGGAAUUAAGAAAUAAAAUUGCCAAAAUAAUUUACAUGUUCUCAUCAAAUUUUGCGUUUUAUUAUUUUUUUAAUUCAAUGUUGCUACAAGGUCUAGGCUACGAAGUUAGUUUCUAUUACAAAUUACUCUUCAUUUCCGUCACGAAUUUCAAAAGAAAAAUCCAAAAUGUGCAAUAGAUUUAUAUACAUCUUCAUCUUCACAUUUUUUUCUUUUAAAUUCCAUUACUUAAGGGAAACUUUUAAGUAUAUAUAUGCAUAGUUAUGAACAUUCAUAUGCAGAUUUGCUAAUAAGAGAAUUUUGUCAAAGCAAUAAUGACAGCCGUGAAAUAAUGUUAGUGAAACCCAAAUGAAACGAUAUGGAAAAAGAUAUAUAAAUAUUUUGAUUAUGGAAAAACCUGAUGACCUGUUUAUUGUUUCGAUUCGGAUAUUUUAUGUAAACACUUGCAUAAACUUUAAUAUAAAUUAGUUAAAUGUUAAAAAUCAAAAUAGUGAAGAAGUAACGACUCAUUCAUUUAUUACCCAUUUUGAGAUUUUGUAAUCAAUAUAGAAAAUAAAGAAAUGUAUAAUAAGUAAAUAAAAUUAAUCGGGAUAUAAUAAAAAAUAUAAUAUAUAUUGAAAAUGAUAUAUUUAUAACGUAAAAAUAAAAAUAAAUGAAAUGAAUACAACCAGAAUAACAAAAUGAAGUUGAAUGAAUAUAUUGGCUAAUUGGGGUUGUUGUCAAUAUAAGUAUGGAUGCAUACGAAUGUAUUUAAAUGCAUUUAUAUAAAAUCAAAAGAUGUGAAUAAGAAGAUGUUUUAUUAUUUUUUGGAUAAGUUGUAUAAAAAUAUGCAUAAUACAUGUGUUUUUAUACGCGGGUAAAUAUUAAUGUAAAAUAUAAAAAAAGGGAAAAGUUAAAAAUUAUAUUUUGAAGAUACAUAAAAUGACAUAUACAUAUAUGUAAGAAAGGUGAAAAUAAGAACUUUACGUUUAUUGUAGCAAACGCAUCGCUAAUAUAGGGAAACAAUUUACGACAAAGCAACAACUCAAAAAUAUUCUUAUACAGCAUAUGAAAUGGUCUAUCCAAAGAAUUUCGCAAUUAAGUAAACGUAAUCAAAUGAUCCUAUUCCCAUAUUAGAAUAGGUAUUGCUCAUUAAAAAUUAGUUCCGAACGUAACAGACACAGACCCGGAUUUUUAUCCGGCCAAAUCGGCAGCAUUCUACAAAUAUAUAUUUGGAAAAUGUUUAUAUCACAACAACAGGAACUGGAAUAUUAAAAAAUAAAGACAUGACAGUUAUCGCUAUUUUGUUUUAAUGGGAAAUUAUUUAUGGCUUCUCUUUUUUGAAAGCUGAAUACGUAUUGUGCAAGACUGAAGCCGAAAUCGAGAUUGACAUGUAUACAUAUUGGCUCAAGUUCUACGAGUAUCCGAAUAUAAUGAAAGUUUACAAAAACUGCAAUUCAGAUACAACAUCUGCCAAGCGAAAAGGGUUCAGAACACUAAAUCACAAAUUUCAAAGAAUUCUAUUUAAAAUUAGAAUAGUAAAAAAGGAGGUGUAGAUACUAAUGAAGUAAUCGAAAGGAUGUUUGCUCUACUCAAAGAACACUAUAAAUAAUAGGGCUUUAUAUAAAAAUUGGCUAUAUCUAUAUAGGUAUAGUUAGAAUCGAAAAUGGAAUUGAAUAAAUAUAUAAUCAUGAAUUCAAUUUGUACUUUUGAAUAAAAACUAUGCAAUGAUAAUUGAAUUUAACAGCAAUAAAGUAUAACAUAGAAUAUAAUAAGUUAAGUAUAAAAUAUUAAUUAUUAGUAAUUAGUAAAAAUAUGGAUAAUUGGUAAGAUAAUUUAAGUGGAAACCGUUAGUUCUUUUUAAGAAAUUCAUUCUAAACCAAUCAUUAGCAAGCAAAUGUAAGAACAACAAUUGAUGUUUAACAAACGUAGUUUUCUAUAAACAAAUAAUUUAAGAUAUUCUAAAGUGAGUAAAUACAUAUUUAUAUAUAGGUAUAUUAAAAAGUCAGAAGGGAAUAGUUGUAGCAUUAAAAAACAACGGAAAAAUUUGUAGUUACAUAUGUUAGGAAUAAUAAAACUUAAAAAAGCACCAAGUUAAUUUUCUGCAAAAAAUAUAAAUAGGAGUAUUAAAAAAAAAUGCCAAGCGUAUAAUUUGAAAAGUACUCCGUUGUAACAUAACAAAUUUAUAAAUAAUAUUUGUAACGUAGCCUUAGAAAUGAGCAACAAUAUAUUUUUUGAUAAAUGAAAAUAAAAUUAAAAACUAAUAUUAAAAAGUAAUGAUCAAACCUUACACCACAUUUUCAGUAUAAAA